ACCGCACAGCAUGCUAAUCAAAACAACACGGCUUUGUUUUGACCGAUGGAUGGCACGGACUCCCUUUUCUACUAUUACCCUCUUCCCAAAAAGAAGCCCCCGGUUUCUCCCUCUCCCUGCCCAACUGACCAUCAAAUCCCAACCACCAUCACUAACGCCAACACCGACACAACUACAACCAAAACCACCACAGCAACCACCAAAAACGCCACCAUCAACAACAACAACAACAAAAACUCAUUUCCCUUUUACAAACCAAUAGAAAUUAAAGAGAGAGAUUUUCUCUUCAAUUACAACCCUUUUCACACACACAAGGCUGCCCCCACAUCUUUCUCUCUCGAUUCACCCCCCACCAAUACCAAAACCACCAAGAAAAUGGACUCGCACGUGCUUCUUGAAGUCUUCACUUGCAGGGAUACACUAAUUAUGAUCUUACGAAAGCUUGGAGCUCGAGACUUGGCACGUGCAAGCUGUGUUUGCAAGCUGUGGAGAGAUAUGGCUUCUGGUGAUGAGAUUGUGAGGCCUGCUUUUAUGGAACCAUGGAAGUUGAAGGAUAUAGUGGGGAAGCCCGUGUCUGGAAGUUUUUGGAGAGAUAGUGGGAUUUGGAAGUUUGCUAUUUCACAUAAGAUUGUUAAAGGGGAUUCUGUUGCUAGUCUUGCUGUUAAGUAUUCUGUUCAGGUCAUGGAUAUAAAACGGAUAAAUAACAUGACGAGUGACCAUGGCAUAUAUUCAAGGGAGAGGUUGUUGAUCCCCAUAAUCAAUCCAAACCUUCUCAUAAAUGAGACAUGCUACAUAGAGUUGGAUACCUAUGCGAAAAGAGAAGUGGCAGUAUUAUAUCCAGAAGGCAAGCCUGAUGAAAAGCUAAUGUCAAAGGGAUCAUCCUCUGACCAUGGCAAAAGAAGGGUUAUUGAUUCCUUGAAGAGAAGCAUGCAAGUUGAUGAUGGAACUGCUCAAUACUACUGGUCUAUUUCAAAUGGUGACCCUCGAGCUGCACUCACAGAAUUUUCAGCAGACCUUAGGUGGGAGAGGGAUGCAGGGCUGGGCUAGCUGGAAAUAUGAAACACGCAGUGCACCUAGUAAGUACUGCUCUGAAUCAAAUUCCUUCCAUAUAUGGUUUGGGAUUUUCCAUAACCUGUAUAAUGUAAACAAACUCCAAGUUGUUACCAUCAUUUUCAUCUUUCCCUGGGAUAUUUGCUCUUCAAUUCAAUCAGAUGACGAUGUUAAAGCUUCUGUUGUGCCUAUGCUGUAGCCAACUUCCACAGUUUUGGCUUUCCUUUUCUCAACUGUGUAAUGGUCCCUCGAGCUUCAUAUGCUCGGAUCCUACAACCGAGUUCGUAAUGUUGGAUCUCCACCUGCCUAAUGCUGGUCUUGUAUGGAUAUAUAUUCUCAUGACAUGAGAAAUGAAUUUGUCCAAAUUUAUAUGCGAGAUGUCGAAGGAGUUCAUAGUCAUAUCUUCUGAAGUGCUGCUUUACUGUGAGACUGUAAUAUUGUCUGAAACCCCAAUUAGUCAAAAACCAUCAUCAAUUUCAUUUGUAAGGAUGGUUUUCUUUGUUUGUCCAUGUAAAAUACCUUGUUUUGCCAAUGCAUCACUACGUUUUUUUUG